UAGUCCCGAGCAGGCCACACAACAGGGGUUAUGAUUUAAGCUGAGAAACGCAGCUGUUAGACUCGCAUUCCGUUACGAGGUGUCUGAAGAAGGAAGUUAGUGGUCAACGUGAAAUAUAAGUUAUGAGUGCUUGAGCUGGACGUUUGAACUGUUUUCACUUACAGUAUUUUUGUUUACGAAAUUAUAAGAUAAAAUGCCCGCAGAAAAACCGCCAUCAAAAACUAGUGACUACCGACGGGCUACAAAGCCCAUUAUGGAAAAACGGAGAAGAGCCAGAAUCAACCAAUGCCUCACAGAACUGAAGAGUCUGGUUUUAGAUGCGUUACGCGAAGAUCCAUCUCGCCAUUCAAAGCUAGAAAAGGCAGAUAUCUUGGAUAUGACUGUCAAACAUCUUCAAAAUGUGCAGAAACAGCAAGUGGCAGCUGCUAUCGCAACGGACCCCACCGUUCUUAGUAAGUUCAAAGCUGGGUUCAGUGAGUGUGCCUCCGAGGUUAGCCGCUAUCUCAAUAGAAUAGGAAUAGAGCAAAAUCUUCGCCAACGUGUAUUGAACCAUCUGGGAAACUGUGUUUCAACUCUCCAAACACCAACGCUGUUCAGUAUAGCAGCCACCACAGGCAUAGCUUCUGUUGCCUUUCCGGGAAUGAACUCUUCCAUUUCAGAUGUCGUUAGUCAUUUUCAACCACUGGGAGUCCAGAUACCCAGUAACAUAUUCACUACAAGUUCUGAUAACAUGGUUCCACCCAGCACCUUACAGAGUAUGACAGUAGGGUUGGAUAUUAACAAUAAUGUUCUCAGGGCCCCUGGUUCAGCUACAAAUCCCUUAACAAUUUCUGAUAAUCUCGAAACAAUUUUGGGAAGUCUUCCUCUCAUUCCAAGUCGCCUUCCCAACGGAGACAUUGCGUUUUUGCUCCCAAGAAAAGCUUUUGCAUCUGUUUCUAAUGAACUUACUAAUAGUAUUGUGAUAGAUUCCAGAAUCACGGAUGAAACUAAUUAUAGGGUUAGCACAAAUAACACCACCACUCCCAGUUACUCAUCCUGGGACCAUUCACUGUCACCCGAAGACCCGCGAAGACACAGUUCAUUAAGUUGUGUCCCCAGUCCCUGUUCUAGUGAUUCUGGUUCUGAAGUCUUCGCUGAAUCUUUGAUGGAAUCGCCAAAAGAAUCUUCACUUUCUGUAAGUUUAAGUAAAAUUGACCAUUCUUCCCAAAGCCUUUCAUCCAAGACUCCAAGCGUUGUUCAAGAUAUCUCACCGUCGAGAUUUAACACUUCCGUAUCAUCUAUGAGUAAAAAAGAUGUCCAGUCUACCAUCGCUAAUAAACAUCGACCUGGAUCCUUAAGUGUAGAAUGUGUUUCAAACAACCAGUCAACCAUUAAUCGUGUGGAGAACUAUUUGUCUACUUCUCCACAGAAACUUCUAGAAGAUAGAGACCUUGUGAUUAGGGAAGUUGGAGUUCAUAGUGAACAUAAUAGUAUGAACUCCAUGUUCGGUAGUUCAGCACUUGUCAAAAAUAUAUCAAGUGUCCAUCAUCAGCCAGCUAGAUCGGCCGAAGAAUCGGAUAAUGCCGUUUGGCGACCAUGGUGAUUAACCAUAAAGUCGUGCUAUUAUUUUCUUCUUUAUUUAAUGUUAAGACAGAAUACUAAAUCAGAGUAUUAUAGUUAAUUUAGCUUACCAUAUUUUCAUGAAGAUUACCUUCCAGACUAAAAUCUUGAAUCCAUCUUUGUAAAUUCGAACCAGUUUUUGUGUACAUGAAGACUGUUGCAUUUCGACAUAAUGAUACAUGAAACCAUAUGAACACGAACUAAUGGCUCAAUAACAUGCUUAAAAAUAAUAAAAAUGUUUUUUCCUCGCCGAAUAUGAAAAAGUUAUUUUAAUCAUAAGUUUGAAAGCACAGCUCAUUAGCCCACAAGUGUAAUAAGAAUAAAUUUUUGACUGCAAUUGAAAAUAACAUUGGAUACCAUUUGAGUUGUAUUUUAUAUGUUUAAAGUGUGAAGUUGACAAUUUUUUUUACGCUUGGUAUGAACAGUAUAGAUCAAAGUGAUGAAUUUGAAAUAUUUAGCACAGUGUGUACGGGUGUAGAUAAUUCAUAGGAAUGAUAUUAGUUUAGAGUUUGUAAGUAAUAUUGGCAAAGGGUUAUUCAAAACAUCAGAUUUCUCAAUUUUACAAUGUAUUUAAUUCUCUUGAUCUACUUACAACUGUUUUUAUUUGUUGAUCAAAAUGUUAAAAAACUCAUUUUAAGAGUUGUGGUGAUGAAACUUUUUUAUCGUAUUGAUGUGGAUAUACAAGUGUCAUACUUAUUUUACAUAAUUUUUAAUUUUCGGUACAUGAUAGUUAUUUUGCUAAUCGUUUACUAAUACAAAAUGAAUGUUGGGCUCAUGACUACAGAUAGCAGGUGUAAAUAAAUAACAUUUUAAGACUUACUUAAGAGUGGAAUUUUAUUUAUUUGGACCACUAAUUAACGACAUUUUUUAAGAGAUUAAAUUGUACUGGAUAAAAUAAUAGGAUAUCCUAGUGGGAUAUUUUAAUUUUAAUAAUUAACGCUUUCGUUUCAUCCUACUAAACUUUAACGUUUUCCCAACAUAAAACUAAAAUUUUAAAGACAUAAUUUUGACAUUCAGUGUUUAAAGUAAAAUGUUUAAAAUUAUUAUUCACGAAAGUUUUAUAUUUAUACGUGCACUGUUGACGAAGAAAGUGUCUUGCCACAUGAAUUGGGCAAUUAUUUGUAGGACGGCACCCUAAAUUUUUAAAUGUAAUAUUUCUGGUAAGGAUUUUAUGUAUUUUAAAGAUAAAUUAGUAGUAGGCCUACCUUCCGUUUGCUAGUAUGAUUCUCCUUAGACAAAAGCUAUCAUGUUACUGUGAUUCACUGAUAUCAAAAAAUGUUGUAUAAAUUGUAAUAUAUAAAUUUAGUCAAAAAUAAUUUAUCUGUGGUGGUAAUAUAUAUAUAUAUAUAUAUGUUACGAAAUUUGUUUGGCUUUUUAUGUACCUUUUUCAUAAAUACAGUAGAGAAGGGGAUCGAACGACUAGCCCAAUAGUCUAAAAGAUCCACUAUCUUUGUUGUUGUUGUUUUUUUAAAAUAAAUACUUCACUUACAUAUAAAUCACUUUAAUGUUUUGUACAGAAAAAAAGAUCCACAUUGUUCUGGUUAAAGACUCGCAACUAAAUAUUAGGAGAAAAUAAAUCGUACUUACUUAUACUCUGGGUGGUAAUUUUGGUUACGUCCUUUCAACCUCAACGUGUUUGAGGACAACCAGGGGUGUUCAGAAACUCUUUGGCGCUUCUCUUACACCCCGCUGCUUGGUGAGGGAUGUACAUUACAUAUUCGUGAGUAUCAUAGUUUGUCCUGGAUUUGGUUUGAUCGGGUCUAGAAAAAAGUCACUUUACGUCAAACAGUAUUUUCAAUACACUGUGUGAUCUUUUAUGGCGUGUAUGCCUUUUACAAGCCAGGAGGAAUAAGUACAAUAUUAUCUGUUAUGAGAACUUAAUUUUAGGUUUAUCACAUUUA